UUUAAAUUUUGUUUUGAUUGGAAAUGAUUGGAAAAGCUUUGUCGAUAAUAUUUUCAGUUUUACGAAAAAAUAUAUAAUUUUCACGUAAGUUUUAAGUUACUAUUGUGACCAAAUAACUAUGGAGACGUGUGUGAGAGGAUUUUCUUUUAUGCCAGAAACUAAAGUCGAGGAUUUGAAAUAUGUGGAAAGUGAUGCCUUGGAACGUACAUGGAGGACGGCACGGAGGGAACGGUUGAAGCAGCAAGAGCAAAAGAUAUGGGAGGAGUUUGUGAACGAGCAGGACAUUGUCCACAAUAUCAGCAAAGAGGAUCCCUACCAGUUUUUGAAUGAGCUGCCACAGGAGUGUAUCAAAGAACUUCUUGAUUUAGAGCUGCAGAAAAUGAGAGAUGAAAAGAAUGAAGAUGAAAUAAUUGAAGAGCACACUGAACCCCACAUCCACACCACCACCAGCAUGGUGGAGGAGCUGGACAACCAGCAUGUGCUCACACUUUCCGAGCAGACGGACAGACAAGAAUGCAACAUGUGCACUAUAUUUGACGAUGACAAAGACGAUGAUAACUCAGGUCCAGAUGAAGAAGGCCUGAAUGACUCCAUCACUAGUCCGCCCUGCACUGUCCGAGAGAAAUCUGAAAACAGACCACAGACUCCAGAAAAUGAGAGCCCUGAUAAAGCAUCCAGUAAAUCAUCAGGCGAGAAUGUGACGAACAUGAUUGAAGGCAGCAUCUACUGCGCCAAAGUUAAAGAGCUUCGGAUGAAGAUCAACGAGGAACUGCUUAAUAUGAUUGGUUUCCUAGAAAGGCAAGAUAUAAUAAACAUGGACCCGGCGGAUAUACCCAAGCUGAUGAAGCGCUCCGUGGAAUUCUGCGCGAGAUUCAACCGAGUGCACAUGUACCAGCUACAGCGGCAAAUGGCGGACAUAGAGCGCAACUCGAGCAAUGCGCUGCCGUUCGCGCAACGCACGCACUUCCAAGCGCAACUCGUGCGCAUUAGCUCGCUCCACCAGAACCUGCUGCACGCUCUACAGAUAUUCCAUAAAUCGCUGGCUCAAACGGCGUGCAUAAAGGAAAGUGGUGAUAUGCUGCGCCUUGUUGUGGGUCUGGUAGGCGAGGCGACGCGCGUGUGUGGCGACGCGCGCCCACACACACUCGCCGCGGCGCAGGACCUCUUUGAUGAUAGCGUCCAAUCAACGUGCGAGAAAUUAGAAGAGACCGCCAAUAAAUACGUUCUAAAGAUGUCGGACUAUUUGCACAGCACUGAAAACACGAGCAUACCUUGUUCGAGGAGGUCCAGCAAACUGAAAGGACGUAAAAGAUCUAUUGGAACUUGGUCUAAAUCUGGAACUACAUGUAUUGCCGACACGGGGGCGCGGCUUUCGAUGUAUUCUCUCGGCGUGAAUGCCAGAUCCACCAGCUCUAAGGACAAUCAGUCUAGCAGCGGCACAUCCAAAAUGCGCGCAAAUAUUCGCGGAGGAACUGGCAAACAAGGUCACAAAGAAGACAAAAUGAAAAGUCCAAAAAAGUCGCCGAGGAGUCGCCGUCCGCUAAUGCGCGCCCCACAGCGCACGCAUCCGCGACGCGUCGUGCCUAAAGAGCAAGACGUACACACACUCGUUGAAAACGUCGCUCCAUGCGCUUCAAGCCACAUAAGCCGCGAACCGAGCUUAACCCGAAGCCCAAAAAGGAAGAACACAGCCCCACAACACAAAAGCAAGGAAACUACACCGCGAACUGCAAGAAACAAGGAAUCUUCUAAAACACCCAUCCCCACUCCGAGAAACAAGACUAAUAACAUAACAGCAAGGAGCAAGACUAUUGCUGAUAGCCCAAGCAAGAAACAGAAUAACUCGAGGGUUACUGAAAAGUUCGAAACGCCAAGAAAUGUGCAGGAUAACGUCAACUGUAAAGUUCUUGUGCCAAAUAGAAAUGAGAUGGAAGAUAUCAAAAUACAAGUGAGAGGAGGAGACAAAUGUCCGGUGAACAGUCCGCAGAGAACUGAAGAUAAUUUGAGACGGAAUGAAGAAGCUAGAAGGAGUGAAAGAGAGAGGAAUAGGGCUGGAGACAUAGACCCAACGCGUUGUGAAGUGACUAGACUGGUGCGACAGCUAUGCGGGGGCGACAAUAUCUCAGGGCUUAGAAACGAGCGUGUGGUUGGAGCUAAGAAUGCUCAACUGCUGUGCGUUAACGGAGGCAGCCCCAGACAACCCAGCACUCCUCAGUUAUUGCGGAUAUUGGAAGAAACCAUCCAAAAGAAGACGCCAAAAACCCUAUUCCCGAAGCAAAAGAUGGCAGUAAAGGACGCUGAGAAGUACCGCAUGAACUUCAACAUUCCGGAACAAGUAACAGACGCUCUGUUCCAGUACCGGACCAAAUUUGUUCAGCACAUGCUAACCAGCCCGAUGUAUGCCAAUAGCGCUAUUGGCAAACCCUGGGAGACGAUUGGCAGUGUAUCGGAGAAAAUAAUAGACGAACUACUUUUGAAGUGUGCCAAAGAAAUGGAGCUGCAGCACAUUGUGAAACAAAUGUACAAGAACGAGACUUGUUAAUUUUUGUAGAGCUUAUUUUAACUUUUUUGUGGACUUACAGUAUUCUUGAAUUAAUUUCAAUAAAAUUCUCAAUUGU